AUAUCAGCGUUAUUACCAGUUAAAAACGAAAGAAAGUUUAUUUGCUUUGCAUACAAAAGUACUAUGAGCGAUUGGGCCAAAUCACAGAAGAACCAGACGAAUAAAAACAUUGAAAAAAUGUCCGAUGACGCAUCUAAGUUUUUGGGUGGUAUCUUGGGAGACAUCAGUUCCAGAUCCGCGUAUGCACAAAUUGGCAUUGGAGCAGCUGCUGGUUGGGCAACUGGUUUUGCCACAAUGAAAGUUGGUAAAUUUGCCGCUUUUGCUAUUGGCGGCGGUAUCAUACUCAUGGAAAUUGCUCACCAAGAGGGUGUAAUCGAGAUUGAUUGGUCAAAGAUUUGCCGAAAGUUGGACAAAGUUACCGACAAGGUAGAAGAAGCUGUUACCGGUCAAGAGAAGUCCUGGGUUGACAAGGCCGAAAGGUCAUUGGAUCGCAAAUUAGAUCGCGCCGAAGAGCUAAUCAAGAACAAAACAAAGAAGGCCAAGAAGUGGUACAGCACUCUCAUCGGUGAUGAGAAUGGUCCAAAAAUAAAUGAUUUGCACAUCUUCCUUACUGCCUUCAUAGGCGGUGUUGCAUUGGGUAUAGCGAGCUCUUAAA